GUCGCAGUUUGGUGUUGUGUUUUGGCGUGUCAAGUUUUUGGCGCCGUUGCCGGGGAUCCUCUAGGUUAUUGGGGAAACGUGAAAGUCUGUUACUUUAGCUUUUUUCUUUUCUUUUCCACCCUUGCUUUUCACUUGGGUGUUAUUUUUUUGUUGGUGCAGCUCUGAAACAUGGAUCCUCAUGGCUUCUCCAACCAUUGGGGGUAUCAACCACCAUCCGUGUGGUAUUACCCCGAGACUUCCUGGAGCAAUCAAGGAGGAGAAGACUAUGGAUUCGAAUGUCAGUACCAACCCCCCUACUACGGAGAACAACCAAACCCUUGGGAACCUCAAGGACAAUAUCCUUUUCAAGAAGAGUUCCUGCCACAACCAGAGGGGCCAUCUGAGUUGGAGUUAGCCAUGGAGGCCUUCACGGGCCACUCUGCAGAGCCAUGCUACACUUCACUGGAAGAUCCGAACAAACAAUUAAGGCUUCUCGUGGAGCAGUUUGCUCGAGACAAUGAAAGAUCAUGCUCCAAGAUGGAUCUUCAAAUCAAAGCCCUUGCCGCUUCCGAUCCCUCAUUUCUCCAUGAUAUGGAGGAGACUAUUCAGCGCUCAGCGCAGCAAACACAGUGGGUGGAGCAAGUUUGCUCACAUCUUGCUCAAGAUCACCUUUCUGCUACCACGCUAGAAGUGGUGGAGGAUGACAAAGGCUACGGGGACGUUGAGGAGCAUACAGAAGUUAUCACAGAGAACACCCAUGAUAGUCAUGAUCAGGAAAGUCCUUUGGUUGCAUAUCAAACCUUUCCUCAUUUAUGCUCUAACAUGUUGGGCCCGUGCGAGGAGAUGCAAGAUGAUCCCAUUGAAGAAAUUGCUUGGCGACUUGAUCUCCAAUCUGUUCUAGAAGAAGAAGAGCGAGCAAGGAUGAGGAAGGAAGUUGUGGAGGAUGAGGAAGAAAGAAAAGAAGAGGUAGUUCUUGAUCUUUUCCAAGGGGAGAGACCACAUUUUGAAGAAGUAAGGGGGGUUGAGGAAGCAAUUGGCGUCCAGGCUGAGGAUGAAGUUGAGGUGGAAGAGGCUUGCACCGGCCCUAUGUUACAUUUGAUAUCUCCACCAAACAUCGAGGAGCUGCUUGGCAAGGACCCAUUUGCAGUGUCUCUUUGCCAGACCAAGACCACAUCAACAUCAAUUCCUCUUGGUGGAUGCGAAGGUGGUCAAUCGAAUAUAAUUUAUCUGAUUUUGGGAAGUGAGACAAGAGCAGACGCGAAGGAGAGGUCUCGUGAGUGGAGACUUCAUCUUCCUCAAGGCCACGAGCCAUCUUCAUCACCUAUCACAUCACCUGCUUGUGACUCGAGACUCCACAUCAUCGACGAGAACCUCAACUUCAAGGAGGUUCUGGGAUGGACCAAAACUUAGGAGCCACCGUUUAGCUAAGACGUAAAAGAAGCGCUUGUGGGGAGGCAACCCCACCUAGGUUUGCAUUUUCUUAACUUUUUCCUUUUGAUUUUUUGUGUUUUUUUUAGUCUUGAGGGGUUGUUCACUAGUUGUAUGUCGUUCUGGAGUGAAAACAGGUCAAUUUUGGAGUUCUGGCAAACCACACGGCCAGCCCUGAAAGUCACACGGCUGUGUGGAUUUGAGUUUUGGCCGUGUGAGCUCUCGUGAAAUUCCACACGGCCAAGUGUGCUUGUGACACGGCCAUGUGGAAAUCCCCCUUGGCCGUGUGAGCUCUCGUCAAAAGUCACACGGCCAAAUGUGCUGUUCGCACGGCCGAGUGAAAAAUCCUCGGCCAGCCCGUGUCGGCCGACACAGGCAAAGGUGUACCUCACACGGCCGUGUGAGCCUGCCCGUGUGGCCGAGCCACGGGCUAUAAACUCGGCCGACACGG